AGUGCUCCCCGUCGGCGGCGGGUCCACGCAGGCGGGAGCUGUCACUGAGGUGAGUGCGGGCCGGCCGGCGACAUCAACCUAGAGAUCUUCUACAUAACAAUAGAUAUUAGAUCCCUGAUAAUAUGUAAAAUGAAAAUCUAUAACAGUACUCCAAAAUCCAGCACAAUUUUGUGAAUAUGACAACAGACAUCAAAAUGGAGACUAAAGUUCCAAUAGUACGAUUCAUCCGAGGACCUGGAGAUGGAAUGGAAACUGAAGUGCCAGCCAAACCAAUGGAAAAUACAUCAGGAAAAAAUAAAAAAGGUCAUCAUGCUGCACGAACUAAUGUAACAUCCAGUUCUUCUCACGUUAUCACGAAGCCUGGCAUUCUUCAACUUGGAAAAAUUCAGCCAAACCAAGCAAUUGAAGUAGAAGCCAUGAGGAUUUUGGUUCCCAAAGCUGCUGUGAUUCAUGAGCUUCCUGCAAAGAGUAUAAUGCUAACUGAUCCUGCAUAUUCCAAUAAAGGUGAAUUGUCAAAUCAGUUAGAAAAUACAAUUGAACUCAAGAGAGAGUUGACCGAACUUAAAGCUGCCUUUGAAAAAUCUCAGUGUUCAGAAAGAAAACUCAUUCAGGAUAAAGGAGGGCUUGCCAAUCAAAUCCGGGUACAAACGGAGGUGAAUCGCGAAUUGAAGAAGUUGCUUGUGGCAUCUGUUGGUGAUGAUCUUCAGUAUCACUUUGAGCGCAUGGCUCGAGAAAAGAAUCACCUAAUCCUAGAAAAUGAGACUUUGAGUCAAAACCUGUCUCAACUUUCCGAGCAGCUGGAGAGGAUGACCAUACAAUGUGAUGUGUGGCGCAGCAAAUUCCUCGCAAGCAGAGUAAUGGCCGAUGAGUUGUCCCAUUCCAGGAUGUCAUUGCAGCGUAACGUCAGAGAAACCCAAAGUGCCAUUCAGGACCUUCUCAACGAGCGUGAGCAAUUUCGUCAGGAUAUGGUUGACUCCCACAGAUUCCUGGAGGAGCUCUUGGUAUCACUGCAGUGGGGCCGGCAACAAACCUACUACCCUAGUGCUCAACCAUUCACCACGGCAGAGCUAGCAUCCGCCAAUCAUAAAUUAGCCGAGGCUGUAAACUGUCACCUUCUAGGAAAACUAAGUAUAAGUAAUGCACAAAAGACAAACCAACAGAUUGAAUUCUGCAACACACCUGCGGAAAAAAUGGCUGAAAAGGUUUUAAAGAUUUUGGAUCUUACGGCAUGUAAUAAAGGAACAGCUGACCUGCCAUUCUGUGAUACAUCCCCGGCUUCAUUUCUCGCCAACAAAAAGAGUAUUGGACGAUUUCAUCCAUAUACCAGAUAUGAAAAUAUUACAUUUAAUUGUUGCAACCAUUGUACGGGAGAAUUAACAGUCCUGUGAAGUAGCUUUUUAAUGAAGAGAAUGGAUUUAGGAAACAAUGGUCACUAUUGUUACAUUUUCUUGUUACCUACUUAAGUACUUUGAAGCCAUCAAACUUAGUUAUUUGUUUAAAAAGAGCUUAAUUGCAAGUAUUACCUAUAUUGAAGAUGGGUAUGUAUGGAUUCUAAGAAGCACAGAAAUAUAUUCCACCUUAUUCUCAUUCUUAAAUUUUCUGCAUUACCUGAACCUUGGACUUCAGGUUCAUGGAAUUAAAAUGUAAAGCUAUGUAUUUAUUUUUGAUGUCUAUUUUUGUAUAGUCAGAAGAACGUGGAUACAAGCAGUAUUUCUUGGCACAGUUGUCGCAGAGAUGAUAAUGUUCUUAAUUCAAACCUAGUAAACUGAGUUCCAACUAUGUCAAUGCAUUUCCUAAGAGGUUCCUUAUAAAUCAAAUGAAUCUUUGAUUUUGUAGUGAAAUAUGUGUAUGUUUCUGAUAAAUUCUUGCAAGCUGCUA